UAUAUUAUAUUUCUGAAGUGAGUUUACUAUAGUUUUGUUUUACUGUUUAGGCGAAUGAAUGGAAAUGAAAUUGAUUCAAUAAGAUGAAGCUAUAUCUUUGACAAAAUGAUAUAUUAUUGAAUCUAUUUACACUUAACACAAAUUUGAAAAAAUUAAAUACAGGUACAAUUAGGUUAGGUUUGCCUGUCGCCCCUCCUGGGACAUAGGCCGCUGACAAAAGCUUCCCAGGCAUCUCUGUCCUGGGCUAAUCUCUCCAACUGUUAAAGGUACAGUAUUUGAUCAUUUCAUUCCUAUUCCACGGAGGUAAAGCCAUGGUAUCCAUCGUUUCAUCGCAACAGGCGAUUUACCGUAGUGUUCCGCCAUGCCCAGUCGCCUAUACUCUCACCAACGAACUGGACCGCUUGAGAGACAAGCAUAGGUCAAGCACUGCCCCCGUCUACACAAACACGCCGGAAAACUUUGCCCAUAGAUUCAGGUCACGUCCGAUCACUCGGCCAAAGGUCAUCCAGUUCGAUGGUUCGAGCUUAAGACAGAGAGGACACCCACUGACCAGACGAUACAUACCUGUGGUGCGGGCCAAGGUGGUCACGGAGACCACGAAACUACAGUCAACAGCCGAACAUGAUAAUGAGCUCCCGCCUUUGGUAGACACUAGCCCUAGACAAAACACCACCACCAGACCACCACCCAAAAGUCCACGCACCAGACGACAGCAGUUGUCUCCCGUUAUGAUGACGUCAUUAAAACAGACGACAAGCCACAAGUCGCACGAGAAUGGAUCAGCCGGGAAGCCUCAUGAUAAAUCAUACACUCGUCUUCCAGCAUCAAAAUAUCAAAAUCGUCUCAAGUAUACAGGUGCAAUCAAAAGCGCGGACCGAGCCAGCGACCAUACCGACUUGCUCAGCGACCACAUACGGAAUUUACAUUUCCUAGCCACCAGCUCACAGUACGAUGACGUCACUGCCCUGCCCCGGCCUCAGAAGGUCAACCCAAAGAGAGACCUACCCUGGGUGUACCGGUUCAAAGUGAAGCGGGCCAACAACACUAUAUCCAAGAUCAUGGCCAGCAAACCAAUGUUGAAUAAAGAUCGAACGAUACUCAACCUCUUUUAACACACAAACCUGAAAUACUUAAAUACGUUUUUAGUCCACUGUCAAUAUACAAUGGUUACACGGCAAAUUUAAUAUUUGGGGGUUGGGAGGGUCAUUAAUAAACAACAUCAAGUUAAUUUCUACAAAGUACCCCCCCCCUUUUUUUUUUCUUCCCUUCACACAAAGGAAACCCAACUCGUUAGGCCAAAGAUAUUUCGCUUUUGCCAUAAUAUUUUAGAAACAUCCACGAUUUAAACACAUUUGGUUGUGAAACAAGUCGGGAACUUCCGCAUAACCUAUCGUUAAACGUCUUCAC